AUGUCUGAUAUCUACGCUGAAGACAUGAGACAAAAUAAAUCCGAGUCUCGCAGACUAAACGAGCAAUUUGAACUCCUGAGUCGGUACGGAAGUAUCUCUCUGCACUCACAAAUCUCCAAAAGUAUUUGCUUGAUCAUUGACUCAAUUUUCCAGAAACAUUGGGUAUUUUAUCCAUCCCUCCAUUGCCGCCAAACUACCUCCUGGCCUACAAUAGCAGAUAUCGGCACUGGCACAGGAAUCUUUCUAUCCCAACUUGCACAGGACUACCCCGAUGCAAUUCUUCACGGCUUCGAUACUCCGCCUUCAUCCAAACACAACAAAUACGAUCUCAUUCACAUUCGGCUCCUCGCCUCAGGAAUAAACCCGACAGAAUGGAAACCCAUCGUACAGAAUCUCCUUAAGCUUCUCAAGCCCGGCGGAGCUAUCCAGUGGAAAGAAUGCAAUUGGAUGGAAACCCAAUAUUACCAUUCUGACAUUGAAUUAUCCGUGCAAGCUGCUCGGUCGAUGUGCGCACGCUUUAAAGAGGCAAUGAAGGAUAACUUCUCGUAUGGAUGGAAUAUUCUUCCUCGGAUCUAUGAGGAGUUUGGGAUGGGAGAUGUGGUGGAGGAUAUUGUUAGUUCGGAUCGGAUCGUAGAGACGAGAGCGGCUAUGGCGAGGAAUGCGAUGGAUGCUAUUUUUGGGUGGGCGAGGUUGGUUUCGUCGAGGAAUUUGGCCGGUUCGUUGUCUGCUGAGGAGCUGAUUAGAUUGGAGAGGGAGGUGGAGAGGCAGAUUGCGAGUGGAUGUUAUGUGAGAUAUGAUGUUCAUGUGGUACUGGGAUUCAAAGGUUGUGAGGAUUGA